CAGAUCAUUCAAAGGCCGUAUACAAGUUGGAAAAGGCUGCAAGCCGCUUCAAGCGCGCACAACAGAAAUAGUCCGAAAUAAAAUGAGCUCAAAACAGAUGUGGCAAACAGACGUAGGAUGGGGUUCUUCCUCUUCGUGGCAACGGCAGUUGCACUGCUGUGCGGCACAUGCGUCCGAGGCAGAGCCAUCGCAGGAGGUCAGCCGUUGGCGCACACACACACGACAUUCACCCCUGUGUGCCCUCACUCUCUCUCUCUCUCCUGUGUUGUGUGUCCUGCCUGUCCUGCCUGCCUUCAGGGUCAUGUGUGCGUUCAGGCCAUCGGUUCACGUCUGGCAGCCUCAUCGAGUCGCUCCCCCUCACGGCCCUGCCCAACUACACACACACGUGCCAGCCCAGCCCGGACAACCUCUUCCACAGCACCUGCCACUCCCUCUGCCACCGCCACUGCCACGCACACCGCAUGUGCCGCGGGUUCACCUUCAUCGACUUCCCUUCGGCCGCCACAUGUGAGCUGCACUCGGAGUCCGAUGAGGUGGAGCCCAACCCAUUCGCUUUCUUCGCACCCAUGAACUGCUCCUUGAUGGAAGACUAUGACGUGCCCUGGCCACUAGCAGCCACGACGCUGGCGAAACGAUACCCGGAUGUGGCCGAAGGUAGAGAGAGAAAUGCGUGGCCUGUGUGUGCAUAUCCAUCGAUGGAUGGACGUAUGUGUUUCUCUUUGUUUGUGGUGAGUGAGUGCAGGCAGUCUUCUGGUGCCUGUCGGUAUCCCAGCACAGCCGGCCCCCGACGCUCAUCCAACCUUCUCGCGUGUGACGGAGGGUGCGGGGAUCUAUCAGCCGCCCGCACACACCGACCUCAGCCUGCCCAUCAGCACCAACAAGUUCUGGACGCACCUGAUCAUCGGCGACGGCAUGACGCCCAUCUUCCCGAUGCCCUAUGCGCUGCAGCUGGAGGUGGCCGAUGACGGCCAUGGCACCACCAGCUAUCAGGUCAAGGUGUCGCAGAGUGGUGCCAGUGUGGAGGGCAAGGGGCGGCUGAGGGAGGAAGGCAGAGUCCAGUACUACUACAAUCCCGUCCUUCGGGACAUCGCAAUAGGUAGGGAGGGAGGGGGGGACACACGCGCCAGAGAACAACUCACUCGCUCACAUUUCUCCACAUGUGUGUGUGCAGGUGCCAUUGAGCCCAUCGACGGUUUUGCGGUGACCAGCGAGUCGCUGCUGGGCGCCACCCUCUCCCUCCGCCACAACGGCCUCGCGCGCGUGGACCUGCCCAUCACACAGGGCAUGGCAUACGUGUCGGCCCGCUACACCGGCAGCACCCCCCGCCUCUCCACACAGCACGCCAUCGUCGAGGUGGUGGACGAGGGCGGGGGGGUGGGGCACCUGAAGCUCACCAACGGGCAGGAGUGGCGGCUGUACGUGCUGCACUUCGACGGCAGUCCACAGGAGGGAUACGUGUGGGAGAGGGAGGCGCCUGUGGGUGGGGAGGGGGAGGGGGAGGGGGGCGAGCAGCGGGUCAGCAGCGUGCUGUUGUGGGGCGAGAGGGUUUUCUCGGGCAUGGUGAGGGCCGCGCUCAUCACCAAGCCCUCAGAGAGGGCCGUCUUCGAUGCACACGCAGGUAGGUCAAUGACACGGGAGAGAAAGACUGCACACCGGCUGGCCGCAUCUGUCUUGUCUGUCUGUCAAUCCAUGGCCAUCAGGUACAUGGGUGGUGGGUGGUGGCAUCGAGGUGCCCGAGUCGGAUGACGGCAAGACCUACCAGUUCCGCUGGACCAUCGAGGGCAAGAAGAACGAGCAGGCCCUCCACUUCGCCCUCCCCCACCACAUGGACAUCCUCACCGACCAGACCGAGCGCACAGACAUCACCCUCCAGUCGCAGACAAAGGGCGUCAUGACAGCCGUCCUGGGCAAUGUGUGGACGAUGGAAGAGCCCGACCAGCACCAGCUGCCCUUCAUAUUCCGGACGCGCAGCAUCGACGACUACUACCAGAAGGAGAUCAGGGAGGUGCUUGCUCGUGAGGUGGAUGCCUUUGACAUCCGGGCCGAGACGCAGCGGGGCAGCUGGUACCUCUCGGGCAAGGGCAUGCAGAAACUCGCCUACAUGUGCCUCGUGGGCUUUCGACUCGACGGCAGGUCAGUGAGCACUCCACACUGCAACACAUCACACACACAGCGGAGAUCACCUUCCAUGGGCGUAUCGUAUGCAGAGACGGCGAUUUGACCCAGCGGUGUGUCAAGAAGCUCCGGGCCGCCCUGGACUGCUACGUCACGCGGAAAUGCAGCGGCCCCGUGGCACCACGGCUGCUCUAUGACGUGUCGUGGGGCGGCCUCGUAAGCGCUGCCGGGGCGACGGGCGGGCCAGACGGACUACUCGCAGACUUUGGAAACGCCGCCUACAACGACCAUCACUAUCAGUUCGGGUACUUCAUCCUCUCGGCUGCAGUGCUGGGGUUCCUCGACGAGCAGUGGCUCACCCGGCCCGCCAAUGUGGACUUCGCCAACACUUUGGUCAGGGAUGUGGCCAACCCGUCGGCGAGCGACUCGUGGUUUCCGCUGUUUCGUGCCCUGGACUGGUAUCACGGCCACUCGUGGUCGAGGGGCAUCUUACCGUCCAUCCAUGGCAAGGACCAGGUGGGGGAGGGAGCGAGAGCAUCUGUGGGCGUGAGAGGUUGUGUGUGGUUUGUGUGCAGGGGUCGAUAAGUGAGGAGGUGAAUGCCUUUUACGGCAUCUACAUGUGGGCGCAUGUGACGAAGCAGUGGAGCCUCAAGCGUGUGGCGCGACUCAUACUCAAUGUCAACGCGUAAGUGCAUCGCAUCGAUGACUGAGCGACUCAUCCACAGAAAGGAGUUGUGCAAGUGAAUGUCUGUGUGUGGCAGCCGGUCCCACCAACACUAUUUCCUGUUGGACAAGGACAACGAGAACCACCCCAGCGAUUUCGUCAAGAAUAAGGUGGUGGGCCUGCUGUUCGAGAACAGGGCCGACUACACCACCUGGUUCGGCGAUAACGCCACCUUCAUCCACGGCAUUCACAUGCUGCCCCUCACACCGGCACUCCUGCUCUCACGCACAGAGCGAUUCACCAUCGAGGUCAGUCAGGGUGGGUGAACAGCAUAUGGAUGGAUGGAUGGAAGUGUGUGUGGAUUCCAUGCAGGAGUGGGAUUCCAUCCUCAAGACCCAUUCUGCCGGUGUCGGUCCCACCGACCCGUGGAGGUCCAUCAUACUCGCCGGGGGCCUCGCAUUCGUCGACAAGUCAGCCGACCCUUGACACCCCCGCAAUCCGCCCAUCGCUAAGUCAAUGUAUGUGGCUGUCUGUCUGUCUUUCUAUCAGGGCUGCCGCGUAUGCCGCCCUGAAGGCUCCGUUACAGGCCCUCGAUGACGGGCUCUCGCGAGCAUGGGCACUCUUCUGGACUGCCGCUGUGGGCAAGGGUACACUUGCCUUGCCACUGGAUUGAUGAACACUCACUGCCACAUUUUGUGUGUGUCGCCAUCAGACCGCCUUGCCCCCCCUACUGCCGACACCGCGACCACAGCUGCAGCGGAGAAGCCGUCCAAAGCUCCUCCCAAGGGCCCGCAGUGCUCCCCAGAUCCGGCGAUCACGGCUGAGGUGUGUUCGUCCCUCCCUCUCGAGAAGGGCGAGUCGGUGCGGUUCGACGCCUCCUGCAAGGGGGGCAUGCUGGGCUGCUACGCACAGGGCAAAGCCUGCUGCAGAUACUGCGACACGGGCGACUACGAGUCCAUCCCAUGUGAUGACGCCGCAUCGGCAUCGGCCAUGCAGGUGUCCCAGCCCCCCGCCCCGUCAACACCCCCGUCAACACCCGCACCCCUUCCACCAUCCUCCUACGCGCCCGUCGAGACGCCCGGUGUGUGUGAGGAGAACCUCACCGUCACACCUGAGGUGUGCGAGGCUCUCAGCGGCGCCCUCAGGGAGGACGAAAGAGUCACACACAAGGUGCGCUACGACGCCUCUUGCAGAGGGGGUGUGUUGGGGUGCUAUGCGUCCGGGCAAGCCUGCUGCCGAUACUGCGAGGGGGACGGGGCCUUCGCGUCCGUCGAGUGCGGCGAGUCUCAGGGCGCGAGAUUGCCGCCGCCUCGGUGCAAGGCCGAUCCCGCAGUGACGCCCUACACCUGUGACGACCUGGCGCUUGGCGGGGAGGGUGACAGGGAAAGGGUGGUGUUCGAUCCUGGGUGCGAUGUCAACAAGAGGGGCUGCUUUGCAAAGGGACAGGCUUGCUGCCGCUUCUGCGAGUCUGGGACGUUCCAAGACAUUCCCUGUGUGGCCAACAUGACGACUGGUCUGUCACGUGCAGCUUGAAACAUGGGAGCUGGCCGAUUGUGUGUCGUGUGUGUGUUGCUGUGUCCAUGCAGCGUCCCCCCCUACGGCUGCCUCUGGGCUGGUGCUGGAGACUGCACGCCUCGAGCAAUCACAGCAGUCGGCAGCAGCCGUCCCCCAGCUGAUCAGCAAUGUACCACGCCGGCGGCCACCCCAGCGAUCUCGGCAGUCAGCACCGGCACGGCAAACGACGGGAGAGGAGCUGCAUUUAGGGUCGUCAGUCUCACUGCGAUGGAGGAGGCGGAAGGAAGGGCAGCAUUCAGCAUGACGGACGUGUGGUGUGGGUGUGGUGUGCGGUGGUGCAUCCAUCGUGUACACUAGCUAGUAGUACGUGUGAGUGAGAUGGUACACUUACAUCUGCCUGGUGCGUGUGUGUGUGCAUGCGUGUGUGCGUGGUUAGAGGAGUGCGUCACUCACUGACGAGGGCAUGAAGGCAGGGAGGGGUGGAUGCGUUGAUGCACAUCACUUGGAUGGACAAGACAGACAGACAGACAGACGGCUGCAUGGUAAUGCCUGGUUCGGGUACCCAAUUCACUGCCUGCUGUGAGCUGCGGGAGAUACCUUUGUGACCGACAGGGGAGACAUGUGGGUGUCUGUCUUAUGGUGUGGUGUGGUGUGAUUGCAUCUGACUGAAUGAUCCUAUCUAUUUGUGAGACCGACCAGCUGUGUGUUGGUGUUUAUGGCGUCGGUGGUGUGUGCG